AUGCUGCACGGGGCGGGCCCCUGCUCGGAUCUCCCGGAGGCGGAAUGCUGCCCGGGGCCGGUCUCCCCGCGGCAGCGGGCGGCGCUGGCGCCGCCCUGCGCGGCGGAGGCCUGGGCGGCCCACAGGGAGCACUGCGGCGCCUGGCCCUCCCGCGCGGAGGCCGCCGCGUGGGGCGGCGGGCACGCCCUGCCGAGGCUCGGCGGCGCCCUCUCCAGCACCGCGCCCUCGACGCCGCAGUCCUCCGGCCGGCGCGCGGCCGAGGGCGACGGGGCGGAGCCAACCGCUGCAGCCGCGGACGCCGUCGACCGGGCCCUCAGCGGCGGCGGCGGCUGCCGGCUGCUGCGCAUCCUCCUGGACGGCCGCGUGCUGGGGAGCGUGGAGGUCGCGCUGGAUUCAAGCAUCACGCUGUUCGAUCUGCGCGGGAUGAUCGCGGAGGACCAGAUUCAGGGAGUCCCGCCAGAGUUCUGCUUCCUGCUCAACGGCGGCCCCGUGUCCGAGCCGCAGGAGAAGCGCUGGCUGGCUGCGAACUGCCUGCCGGCCCUGGACAUCGCCGAACGGAACGCCGAUGGAUCCUGGGGCCUCUUCGGCUUCUUCGCCUACCUCUUCGGCUCCUCCGGCCCGGCGCCCGCCUCGCCCGACCCGGCCUCGGCAGCCCCGGCGCCCUGGUCCCCGGGGCCCCUCCCGGCCAGGCCGGCUCCCCCAGAGCCGCCGGCCCUCCUCGCGGCGCAGCGGGCCGCCCUGGCGGCGGCGGCGCGAAGUGCGCCGCGGGCGCAGCACGCCGACGACGUGCUCUCGCACUCCCAGCUCGGGUGCUGCCAGACGUUCGACCUCACCGAGCACGACGUAGACGAGGACGGGUGUCUGGCCAUGCCGAGCGCGACGGGCGGUGCCGCUGGCAGCUUCGGGCGCUCCAGGGGUGGCCAGGGGCCGCAAGCGACCCGCGACGCGGAGGGCUCGCUCGCAAGCGAUGGCCUGCUGCCUUCCCCCGAGGAGCUGGGCAACCCGAUGCAGCCGCGGCCGGACCGCUCGGUGGAGGCGCAACGCAAGCCGCUGCCGUCGGUGCCGCGCGCACCGCGGCCCCGGGCGAGGAGCAACUCGGCGGGCGCCGUCUCCAGAGCCAUGUACGCGCGCGGCGACAGCCGACCAGGCAGCGCCAGCUCCAAGGGCUCCAACGACGGGCGGCUGUCGCGCUGCGGCAGCGGCAUCGUGAGGGACGAGAGCCCGCAGAGGUUCGCGCGCGUGCACGCGCUGCAGCGCCACGACGAGGGGCAGGAGCAGAGUCUGCCCAUGGGCCCGCCCCCGAGGCCCUUCAGCGCGCACAGCCUCAACGGGGACUUUCGCCGCGGCCGCUCGCUGUCCGUGGAUGCCUCGGCCAGGCCGCCCGCCGCGGCGCCCGCCGGCGGCCGCCGGCGCGUGCUGGAGCGCGAGGCGCGGGGCGAGGAGCAGAAGCUGGAGUUCUUCCCGCGGGCCUGUGACUCCCGCACGGGCCGCCCCGGCGGCUCGGGGGACCACCGGCGCGUGAACCAGCUCGACCGGGAGUUCGCCGAGCCCAGCGACCAGGCGCCGCGGGCGCCAGUGCGCAGCGGCAGCACGGAGGGGGCCCGCGGGGCGGCGGCUGCCCGGAGUUCCCGCGCAGGAACGUCCUGGCGGACGAGGCCAAGCGGUCGGCGCCUGCGUGCGGGGUGCCCAAGCCGCCGUCCUGGGACGCCGACGGGCCCCACUACCACCGCAGCAAGCUGCUCGGCCGCGACCAGGAUCUCCCCGGACAUAGGCUUCAGCGCGGCCCAGCUCUGCCACGCGGGCGCCUGA